AUGAGUCAAAUAAGGCAAACAUCUGGUUUAACGACAUCAACAUCUCAUUAUACGUCAUCAAGAACAACAAAUUCCCCCUCAAUAAAAGCUCUUCAACUUGAAUAUUCGAAAUUACAAAAAGAACCUGUCGAAGGUUUUACAGUUAAAUUAGAUGACGAUUCAAAUUUAUAUAAAUGGCAUGUUGGAAUUUUCGGACCACCGGAUACUUUGUAUGAAGGUGGUUAUUUUAAAGCUGAUAUGGAAUUUCCAACAACAUACCCAUUUGCUCCACCAAAAGUCCGUUUCCUAACGAAAAUGUGGCAUCCAAACAUUUAUGAAAACGGUGAAGUAUGUAUUUCAAUUCUACAUCCUCCAACUGAAGAUCCACAAUCUGGUGAACAUCCAAGUGAACGAUGGAAUCCAACACAAAACGUUCGAACAAUUUUAAUGUCAAUAAUAAGUUUAUUAAAUGAACCAAAUUGUUCAUCACCUGCUAAUGUUGAUGCAAGUGUAAUGUACCGAAAAUAUAAAGAACAUAAAGAUAAUGAAUAUGAAACAAUAAUACGACGACAAGUUAAUGAAUCCAAAUUAGUAGCUGAACAAGAAGGUGUAUCCAUACCAAAAACACUUGAUGAUUAUGUUGCACCAUCACGUGCUGGUGCAACAGGAAAUAAAAAUAGCAAAAAAACAAUUUUUAGUUCUUUAUCAAAUGAAAAUGAUGAUGAUCUAGGAAUCGAUGAUGAAGAUCCAAUGGCUGAUAUGGUCGGAGAAGAUGAUGAUGGCUAUUACAAUGAUAGCGAUUAA